AUGGGCUCCUGCCUCUCCUCCCGUAAGGCGACUGCCCCCUUGCCUCUUCCCAUGGGGAAGCUCUCGAAUGGGCCAGGCCAUGCCGCCGGUGGGUUCCUUUAUCCCCCCCUGUUUCUCUUUCUUCUCCCCUGCUACUGAAUCAUCCCGAAGGAAGAGAAAAACCUACUGAUUGACGCCGAUUCCUCUACUUCUCUGCAUCGCCAGCCGCCAUACGAGACACGAAAUCAUGUGCCGCUUCGAGUUCCUGUCAUCUGGUUCAUCUUCUUAUGGCGAUUGACUUUUUCUGUUCAUCUGGGUCGUCUCCGUUGAUUCGGAUGGGGGAAUCUCCGUCUAUGGGGGCGAGUUGGGCUCUCGCUCGAUCUGCCGCAGGAUUCUUCUGUAUCUGGUUUAUUGCUCGUUAAUUCAAGGGCUUUGACUUCGUAACUCCCCACCAUCUACUCGAUCAGCUUCUUCCAGAGCCUCAUCCGUCUCUGAUCUUCCACUGCUUCAGAUCAUUGAAUCACCCAAAUCACCAGGAAAUGAAUGCUCUCCGUGUCUAUUGACCUCUGAAUCUUUUUCUACUGUAUUAAUUCACCAGUUCCUGGGGAAAUUAGCUGAAUCCUCUCUCUCUCUUCUUCAUUGAGUCUGCUUCAUUGAUGCUUUUGUUUCUUGUUUGGGGAAUAUUUCCUUAAAAGUCUCAUCUCUUGGAGACAAUUUGGGAAAAAAAUCCACUUUUUUUACAGACCCAGCUCAAGAAAUUAUCGAAAAUUUGAUGGAAACUGAUCUUAUCCAUUGAAUUAGAUCAUUUGAAAUAAUUCUGGACUUAUUUCUGAACCAUGGCCUGAUUUCUUGUCUUUUUCCUGGUCAACGGAGCCCCCCCCCCACUGAAAGAUUUCCCCAAAGAGGGUAUUUCGAUGCUAGGGGACUUCCCUCUCUUUUCUUUUGAUGAAGAAAUUGGGAUGUUGACUUUAAAUUGCAGAGGGCAAUGGUGAGAUCUUCUUCGAUUCCCGGGCCUGGCUGGACUCCGACUGCGAAGACGAUUUCUUCAGCAUCAAUGGAGGUAACCUCAUUCACUAUACUCUGAUUCCUCUCUCUCUCUUCCCCCCUCUCUCUCUAAGUUCUCUUUCUCUCUUGUAGACUUCACUCCAUCCCAGGGCAGCACUCCAAACCACCAAUUGGGCUCGGCGAUGAAGCCGAAGCUGGAGGGGUCCCUUGGCUUUGAUGGGCUGUCAGACACCCAGUCAGAGCCCUCUCCGAGGAAGAAGCUGGCCGAGUUCCUCCAUGAAACCAAACAUGUGAAGUUGGAGCCGGAAAGGGAGAAACCAAAAGAGAAGUCCCAGUGA